AUGUGUAAAAUGUGCAAUUUUCCAAAAGGAUCGAUUUGCGCUUUCGAACCGCACUGUACGCCUUGUUCGCGUCCCGUACCCAUUGACUUUUGGUUUGUGGGCCGCCUUGUGGUCCCCUCGCCCCACUUCCCACUCCUCACCUUGAUGUGGCGGCCUCUCAGAUGGCAUUUGGUCAAUUUUUAUAAAAUUUAUGUCUCAGCGGGAAUGUAUGUUAGUAUGUAUUUACAAAAAUAUGGUAUUAACGCACAAGCAGCGACUAAGAAUAGAUAUUGUUUUUGAAAAAAGAACAAAACUCGCCGCUGACGACGCACAUUAUGUUCUAUAAAUAGCCAAAUUGUGUCUCUAUCUCUGUCUAUAUCGUUGUAUCUUAUCUCUGUAUCUCACCCCAAAGGAAUAUCUUUAAAUUGGGACAAAUCGACGGAUACAAUACUCUGCUGUCGACGCAGAUCCUGGCUAUUAAACAUGAACGUAUAUUCUCAGAUUCUCCAUUCACACAAAAGAUCUAGAGCUUUUGAAAGCUCCCACACAGUGUGAAAGAGAGGGUUGGAUUGCUAGAAAGAGACGGCAGUGUGUCCACACUUAUGGUGGGUGGUUUUUAUUGGUCUAGCUAAUAGCUAUCCUUGAAUUUGUGUGUGGGGCGAGCAUAUUUAAUAAAUUCAUAAAUUUCAUCGCUCUCCACUGAGAAGAAGAAGAAGCCUGAAGCCAGAAGCCCACACAAAUAGUCCUAUGUAGCAGCGUGUUAAAAAAUGUGAAAUGUGGAAUGAAAAAUGAAAUGUUUCGCACGGAAAAACCAUGAAAGCAUGCCAAUAAAAUCAUGUGUUCCCGCACCCCAAAUACCCUUCUCCCUUCCCCCUCCUCCGCCCAUCUCCAUCUCCUUCGACGAUUUGCGAUUUUCGUGUGUGUAUUGGAAAAGAGUUUUCGAAGCGAAAUUAACAAUUUGCUAUUUUCGUAGUUAUGCGGGGGCGUUUUCCGAAGACCCACGAGGGGGGGCUAUGGGUGGAUGCUGUCUGAACCGCGGAGACUCGCUGACAGACGAGGAGAAAACCAGGGAGGUGGGGAGUCAACAAGUUGUUGUCGUCUUCGCAUAUCGCCAUCACAGCAUACGCCAUACGCCAUCACAGCCAUACACCAUACGCCAUACAGGGUGCCCCCCCUUUCGGCUCUCUUACUUUCUUUAUCGUUACUUCGUGUCGCCUGCAACUGCAUUUUCCUACCAAUUUCACUAAUGCGGUCCGAGAGCUCUCUUUGGCACGGCCGCCACCAAAAACAAGGGGAGCAGCGCAGCACCGCAGCUACAAAUGAGCAAAAACUAAAAAGGAAGGAGUUCGGAACUUGCGAUACCCAUUGCUUUUUAGAAGAAAGUGUGUCUACUUGACUGAGGGAUCCCCCCCACAAGCAGAUCGUUCAGGCCAUUCAAAGAGUAAUAUUCAGUAUUCAUCUAAAUUGUUAAUUCAACCUUUCAACUUGACUAGUAAACAAAACGAGUGAAUAACUGCGAAAGCAUCAUGCCCGCACAUCAGCAUCCAACUAAAGGGUGCCACGAUUCGUACGCUUAUGCUGGCCGAAUUCAUACUUUCUUCUGCCACCCACUCCCACUCCGGCACUCUUGCCGCUCCACUCUCCACUCUUUGUGAUUCGGAUGUUCGCAUGUUCGGAUGCUUGGAUGGUUGGAUGCUUGGAUGCUCGGAUGCUUGGAUGCUCGGAUGUUGGGGUCUUCGGCAAUGGCAAGCGAUCCAAACCCAAACCGAUCCGAUUCGAUCCGAUGCUCCCGCUGCACGGCAGACUUUUCUUCUUCCUCUGCGACGACUGUGGCUGUGGCUGUGGUGCGGUGGGCGAUGCGCGAUGUGGGGCAGGUGGGGCGGAUGGAUGGUGGUGCGCCGACGGCAGCAGCAGCGGCGGUGACUGCGACUGCGACGACGACUGCGACGGUAUUCAGAGUUGGCAGCUGGCUGGCGCGACAUCAGUUUUGAGUUGGCUAUCAACGCGAGCGGGUCUUUCUCUUCGCAAGCGACACACCAGCAACUGGAUCACCAACAACAACAGCACCACCACCAGCAGCAGCGAGAGCGAGCGAGAGAGUGUGCAGCGGGACAGGGAACGAUAUAGAUAUAUACCGAGCGAGCGGGACUUCUGA